AUGGAGCAGUACAUGCGUCGGUUGGAGGAGCGCGACAAGGCGGCGGCGCGGGAUGCAGACAGCGAUGAGGAGCGCCGCCGCCGCGCCGAGCCCCUGCUCAAGGAGACAGCGUUUGACCGGCGCAAGGUGGUGGCAGUGUUCAAGCACGAUGGAUCGCGCGGCCACCACAUGAGCGACUACAUCCCCCCUGAAGAGCUGGCCAAAUUCAUGGAGGCCAGCGGGGACAAGGCUGCGGCAGCGCGGGCCAAGGCGCUGCAGCCCAACACUUUGGGGGCCGACAACAUCGGACACAAGCUGAUGCAGAAGAUGGGGUGGAAGGAGGGCCAGGGGCUGGGGGGCAGCAACCAGGGUGCUGCUGCGCCCGUGGCGGCGCAGGGCACGGCCGACGGGCUGGGACUGGGGGCGGCGCCGAGCGGUGCUGUGGAGGAGGGCGACGAUGAGUUCACACGCUACCGCAAGAGGAUUUUCCUGCAGCUGGUGGGAGGGAGCCAUCUUGCGCAGAAGGCGCAGUAA